AUGGAGGCCACCACGUCCGCGGCCAGUUCACACGAACCGCCACACACGAACACGAACACCAAUGGGCAUGAUGCUUCGGUGAAUCAGAAUACACCGCAGACCGUUUCCGCUCCGGACUCGAGCGCUCAAGAGGUUGCCGACGAGGAAGAUUCUGGUCUGGACGAUAUCUUUGACGAGAAUGAUGACGAGAUUGGCGACUUCGGCCCCGACGGGGAGCCGGAUACGUCGAGAAACUACAAUCGCCAACGAUCCUUACAUUCCAACCAGCAGAAGCCCGCCGCAAACACCUUCAACAGCGUAGACGACCAAAUAUCCGCACUCUCGAAACAUGCCUCCAAGAUUCGGCUCGACGAUGUCAAGGACGGCCAGGAACGGGACAAGGACAAGGCCGACAGGGCCACCAGUGAGCAAGUUCUGGAUCAACGAACCCGCAUGAUCCUCUACCAGAUGAUCAACCGUGGCGCUGUCAGCGAGGUACACGGCGCAAUCAGCACCGGUAAGGAGGCGAACGUUUACGGGGCCGUCGCAUACCCUGAUAUCCAUGGACCACCCGUUCAGCGAGCUGUCAAGGUCUAUAAGACCGCUAUCCUGAGUUUCAAAGACCGAGAGAGAUACAUCACCGGCGAGCACCGUUUCAAGUCCGGCGCCGACAAGGGCAACAAUCGCAAGAUGGUCAAGCUCUGGGCUGAGAAGGAGUUUCGAAACUUGAGAAGGAUUCAUUCGGCCGGAAUUGCGUGUCCGGAACCCAUCCAGCUCAAGCUUCACGUUCUCGUUAUGGACUUUUUGGGUGACAGGAAAGGAUGGGCCUAUCCGCGACUACGAGAUGCCACUAUCCCAGCAGACGAUGCCGAGCAAAUAUGGAUGCACCUCUACAUUCAGCUUCUGGGUAUCAUGCGACGCAUGUAUCAGGUCUGCAAGCUUGUACACGCAGACUUGAGCGAAUACAACAUAUUGUACAAUGACAAACAGCUCUACAUCAUUGAUGUAUCCCAAAGCGUGGAACAUGACCACCCCCGAUCCCUCGAGUUCUUGCGCAUGGAUAUCAAGAACACUGGCGACUUCUUCCGAAGACAGGGGGUCGACACGCUGUCCGACCGGACGGUAUUCGAUUUCAUCACCAUAUCGGAAGGCGUAGUAGAGGAGCCGGGUCUAGCCCAAGCAAUUGAGCGCCUGUACGCUUCGAGGUCGGCAGCUGCAGAUGAUGAUACGGCGACAGCCGAGCAGGAAGUCGACAAUGAGGUAUUCCGAAAUCAGUACAUACCGCAGACCCUGGACCAGGUCUACGAUAUCGAAAAGGACGCAGAAAAAAUCGGGGAGGGCAAAGGAAGUAACCUGGUGUACCGCAACCUACUUGCAGAUCAGGUGGUGCAGCCGAAUGAAGCAGAGCCACGGAGCUCAGAAGACGAAUCAGAUAAUGGCGCCGCUCUUGAUAGUGACGAUGAUGGGAGCAGCGAAGAUGAGAGUAGAUUUGACAAAGGGACACCCCGCGGCCAUCGGUUUGAAGACAAGGAUGAGAAGAAGAAUCGCAAGCAGGCUGUCAAGGAAGCCAAGAACGAAAGGCGCAAAGAGAAGAUGCCCAAACACCUCAAGAAACGCCUGGUAGCUACGACGUCUAGAAAAAAGAAAUAG